CCCAAGUCGAUUGAAGAAGAAGAAGAUGGACCCAAGGCCAUUUGAGCAGUUGAAGAAGGUUUGGGAAGAGGAUCCAGAGUUUCUAGAGUUGAGUAAGACAAAGAAGAAGAACAAAAGGAAGGGAAGAGAGGAUGGUCCUGCUCUUGGGACGUAUUGUGGAGGCUAAGAAGAAAGGGGGGCCUGUGCCGUUGGAUGAGGUUAUCAUCCACACAAAGACAAAGAAACACGACGGCAAGACUUGGGUGGAUCCGGAACAUGCUGAGCUACAGGCUCAAUUCUUCGAACUCCACGAGGAGGCUAGACAGAAAGGGCUACAAGUCACCGACCAAGAAAUAUGGUACUCGCUAGUCGGGGGCCAUAACACAAAGAACCGCGUUCCCGGAGUUGGUGACUACGCAUCUUCCAAACCUCACCGUUCCAGCACGAGUAGCAGCAGCGCAGUGGAGAUGGAAGCACUUAAAGAACAUAACCAAAGGCUGCAAGAACAAAUUGAUAAUCUAACCUUGAGCUUAUCGCUGACGAUUCAGGAGGAGAUAAGAAAGCUAUAUGGUGGUAACCUUCCUCAACGAGGCGAUGAUGAUGGAACGGGAGGGGCAGGGCAGCCCGGGAUUUGUUGAGACCUUUACGACCUUAGCUUCCUCUUGAACACUUGACACUGACACUUAGUAUUCAUUGUUAGAUUAUAAUGAAUUAUGUUACAUUCG